GUUUCUUUGAUCUUUUCAACAGCACUCACUUUAACUUGUUUCCCUGGAUGCCCUGUUAGAAGUCUUUCUUAUAGAAAACACUACAGGUGAAGAAACAUUUCAUUGGAAAUGGCUUCAGGUGACAUGGUACCUGAGCAUGCUAAGCAAUACAAGCUGAAGGAAAAGAAGCCGCGGGCAAAGUCCCUGGAAGGGGAAUCAGAGGCCGAUGGCACGUUCACUUUCGAGGCACACGAAGCUUGGAAAGAUUUUCACAACUCUCUGCGCCAAUUCUACGAAGCAAGGGAACUUUGUGACAUCACGCUAAAGAUAGGCAGUAAGCUGAUACCAUGCCACAAGCUGGUGCUGGCCUGUGUGAUCCCCUACUUCAAGGCAAUGUUCCUGUCUGACAUGGCUGAAGCUAAACAGGACCUGGUUGAGAUCAAAGACUUUGACGCAGAUGCCAUCAGGGACUUGGUGAAGUUUGCCUAUUCCUCCAAGCUCACCCUGACUGUGGACAACGUGCAGCCGCUGCUCUAUGCGGCCUGCAUCCUUCAAGUGGAGCUGGUGGCCAGGGCCUGCUGCGAGUACAUGAAGGCCCACUUCCACCCAUCCAACUGCUUGGCCGUGCGGACCUUUGCUGAGAUCCACCACCGGGUGGACCUGAUGGACAUGGCGGACCGCUAUGCCUGCGAGCACUUCAACGAGGUGGUGGAGUGCGAGGACUUCCCCUGCGUCUCCCCGCAGCACCUGCGCACCCUGCUCUCCUCAAGUGACCUCAGCAUCGACAACGAGAAGCAGGUCUACAGCGCAGCCGUCAAGUGGCUCAAGGCUAACCCACAGCAUCAUGACGCCUGGCUGGAUGAGAUCCUUUCACAGGUUCGUUUGCCUCUACUCCCUGUGGACUUCCUCAUGGGAACUGUGGUCAAAGAAGAGAUGAUAAAACAAAACCUGAACUGCCGGGACCUACUGGAUGAGGCCAGAAACUACCACCUUCAUCUGAGCAACACAGCUGUGCCAGACUUUGAGUAUUCCAUACGCACCACCCCCAGGAAAUACACAGCUGGCGUCCUGUUCUGUGUGGGGGGGAGGGGGGGUUCGGGAGACCCUUUCCGCAGCAUAGAAUGUUACUCAGUCAGCACGAACAGCUGGUUCUUCGGCCCUGAGAUGAACAGCAGACGGCGACAUGUGGGCGUGAUCUCAGUAGGAGGUAAAGUCUAUGCGGUCGGGGGACAUGAUGGCAGCGAGCAUUUAGGUAGUAUGGAAAUGUUCGACCCAGCGAUUAAUAAAUGGAUGAUGCUGGCUUCAAUGAACACCAAACGGAGAGGUAUUGCUUUAGCUGCACUGGGAGGACCUAUCUAUGCAAUCGGGGGACUGGAUGACAAUUCCUGCUUCAAUGAUGUGGAGAGAUACGAUCUUGAGUCUGACCGGUGGAGUGCUGUAGCUCCCAUGAACACUCCCAGAGGGGGGGUUGGCUCUGUGGCACUGGGGACCCAUGUGUAUGCUGUGGGAGGAAAUGACGGUGUGGCCUCCUUGUCUAGUGUAGAGCGGUAUGACCCCCACCUGGACAAGUGGACAGAAGUGAAGGAGAUGGGACAGCGGAGGGCUGGCAAUGGAGUUGGCAAGCUGAAUGGCUGCUUGUAUGUAGUGGGUGGGUUUGAUGACAACUCCCCUCUGAGCUCUGUGGAGAGAUUUGACCCUCGCACUAAUUGCUGGGAGUACGUGGCAGAGCUGACCACACCACGAGGGGGGGUUGGAGUGGCCACACUAAUGGGGAAAAUCUUCGCUGUGGGGGGUCAUAACGGAAAUGUCUACCUUAACACAGUGGAGGCCUAUGAUCCUGUACUUAACAGGUGGGAGCUUGUUGGCUCGGUCUCUCAUUGCCGGGCUGGGGCCGGUGUGGCUGCGUGCUCCUGUCUUGUCAGCCAGAUCCGCUUUGUGGGUCAAGGAUCCAGCAGUGUUGCGGACUGCAUGUGAGCUGGCAUCCACAUAGAUGUCUGCUUCAGUCUUUGUUGGAGAAAUUGCAUAGUAGGGCAUGUGGUAAUCUUUAACAACAUAAUGUGGUUGCUGUUGCAAAAAAUAAAAUGCACCACUGUGGAGUUUAACAUGGGAAAACUCUCCACCACCUGCAAAGUGAGAGCUUGACAAAUAUAGAAGACAUUUUGGUCUUCUGUGUGAAAUAUGAACCAUUGGUUAGGAACCUGGUGAAAAAUGUAUUCUUACAAGGACAUUACGCUGGUAGUAAUUGCAGCCUUUUAGAUGCAUGCCAAUGCAGGAGUGCUGGGAUAUUUGGCUUGCAAAAAGAGAACAUUUCACAGUGUGGGAGAAAAUAUAUUUUUGUAUUUUCUAAAUAGUCAACACAUACUAUAUAUA